AUGGCUAUGAGGAACCUCAUCUCUUGGAACGUGUUGAUUGUGGGCAUGGAUGCAACAAGCUGUACUGUGACGCGAAUCGCGAUGGAAGCUUUUCGCUCGUUGUUGAACGAUGAUUGGCUCUUGAUCCCUAAUCAAGUGAGCUUGUCCAGCGUGCUGAGUACAUGCUUAACUGUGUGUAGCACCGAAUUUGGGAGAGUGGUGCACGACUUGGCAGUUAAGCUUGUAGUGGAGUCGUCUUUGGCCUAUGUGAGGAACUCAUUCAUUGACAUGCACUGCAAAUGUGGGUGCUUGGAAAAAGCUGUGAAGGUGUUCGACAGAUGCUCCGACAAAGAUGUUGUGGCUUGGAAUGUUAUGAUGAUGGGUUGGUUUGAAAGUGAUUGCCCCAAAGAUGCUUGUGGUUGUUUCCUACAUAUGGUGGGAGAGGGAGUUUUCCUAGAUGAAACCUCCUUUUGUACCUUACUCCAAGCUUUGGCCAUGCUAGCUUCAUGGGGUUAG